CCGGAAAGCCCCGACCCCCCCCAAAAACCGCCGGAUUCGGGGCCGCUCUCGGUGGUCGACACCUUCCUGAGCGCCCCCGACAUCCUGCCCCGCCACUGCCUGGUGCAGUGGGGAGGGGGCGACGCCGCUUUCGGGGCGGGGGGCGACCCCCGCCAGGCCACCGUGCGGCCUUUUCGGGGCGCCCCCACCACGCUGAACGGGACCCCCCUGCUCCGCCGAGCCCCCCUGAACCCCGGCGACCUUUUGGGGCUGGGGGAGCACGUGCUGCUGCUCUACAAAGACCCCCGGCUCGGCGAGGGGUCUCGGCCGGCCUGGCUGCCGCCCCCCCGGGAGGCCCCGGGGGUCUUGGGGGUUUUGGGGUGCGCGGGGUGCGGGAGGAGCCCCCGGCAGCGGCGGGAGGAGCUGCGGGGGGCUCUGGAGACCCCCAAGGCCGAGCUGCGCUACCGGCCCCAGGACGAGGGGACGCUGCUCAGGGAAAUCCUGAGCCUGGAUUUGGGGGGGGGUCCCGCCGCCCCCGAGGAGGGCGGGGAGGGGUCCCCCGGGGGGCAGGGGGACGGCGGGCAGGAGGAUUUGGGGGCGCUGGCCCCCGCCUUCCUGCUGGGGCUGUGCCUGGAGCACGCGGCCGCGGAGUUCCCGGCCGGACACCUGCCCGAGCUGCUGGGGAAGGUGGCUGCCAUGCUCAGGGAGACGGUCUGGGUGAGCCUGGGGACAUUUCGGGGCGCAGGGCCGUGCCCCGAGCUGGAGCAGGACCUGGAGAGCUGCGACGAGGCGCUGGGCGUGCUGGACGAGGUGAUCAUGUCCACGUUCCAGCAGAGCGUCUACUACCUGACCAAGGUGGGCGGCCAAAACACCCCAAAAACGCCCAAAAAUAACCCAGGUCGCGCCGUGGCAGGCGGCGCGGGGCCGCAGUUCCAGUGGUGGGCGGGCGUGCGGCUGCGCACCAACCUGGACCUGCUGCUGGACGGGCUGGGGGCGCUGGGGCUGGCCGCCAUCGCCGGCGACUUCUUCCGCAAGCUCUCGGCCACCGCCAACCUGCUGAGCACGCCGCGGGGCUGCCUGCGACAGGCCACGUGGGCGCGGCUCCGUGCCGAGUUCCCGGCGCUGUCCCCGGCCCAGCUGCAUCACGUGCUGCGCCAUUACCGCCUGGGGGGGGGGCAGCCCGCGCCCCCCGCGUGGAGCCCCGGGCCCGAGGAGAGCGCGGCGGCCACGUCAGGUGACAUCUUCGAGAGCUUCUCGGAGCACCCCCCGCUGCUGCUGCCCACCCGCGGCUUCCGCCUGCGCCUGGGGGUCCCGCUGGGCCCGGGGGGGCUCCUGCGCCCCCUCCUCAAAAUCCGCCGCCGCCUCUGGGAGCUCGAGGGGGGCGAGGACCUCUGAGACCCCUCCCCAAAUAGCCGAGACCCCCAAAAAACCCCCUGAGACCGCCCCAAAAUACCCGGAAACCCCCCCAAAAUCCCCCCGGGACCCCCCCAAAAUGCCCCCCCAAAGGUGGGGAGGGGUCUCCGUGUGCGACCCCUCCCCUAAAUAAAGGAGUG